CUCGGCGACGUCAAUUUCGGCGCCAUGCUACACGCCUUCAAGUUACGCCUUGAAAAGGAUGCCAUCUUCACCAACAUUGGGCCGGUGCUCGUGGUGAUGAACCCGUACAAGCCCGUCAACUCGUGUGCGCCGUCGUCUAUGAUGCAGAUGGCAAAGUCAACCAGCGCGGAGGACCUCCCGCCCCACUGCCACUCCACGGUCGCCAGGGCCUAUGCUGCCAUGGGCGAGCUUAAGGGAGGCUCCCCGCAGUCGGUGCUCGUUUCGGGCGAGUCCGGCGCGGGGAAGACUGAGACGAUCAAGCUGUGCAUGUCAGCGCUCGCGAAUCUGUCGCGCUCGGCUGGCUCGACCACGGAGGCUGCGCUCGAGUCUGGCCUGCUGCUUGAGGCGUUCGGCAACGCGAUGACCGUCUACAACCACAACUCGUCGCGCUUCGGCAAGUGGGUUGCGCUCCACUUUGGUAAGGACAUGAAGAUCUCCGCGGGCUUGAUUCUCUCCUACCUCCUCGAGCAGUCUCGCAUUGUCUCGGCGCCUCCGGGCGAGCGCAACUACCACGUCUUCUACUACAUGAUUGCCGGCAUGCCCGAGCCACUGCGAUCGCAGCUCCACCUCGAGGAUUCGCCGGCGGACUACGCCUACCUCCGCGACGGCGAGACGCGGGCGCCAGGCAUCGACGACAUCGGCGGCUGGGACCACCUCACCAGCCGGCUCGAGCUGACCGGCUUUGACGAGGCGGAGCAGCGCACCAUCUUUGAGCUGCUCGCGGCCGUGCUCGCCCUCGGCAACGUGCGCUUCGUCGAGGCCGAGCCCGAGCGCUCCGCCACGCCCAAGGAGCUCGAGGUGAAGCUGGUCUCGCGCGUGCUCAAGAUCAGCGGCCCCUCCGUCGCGUCGAAGCGGCUGACACGGCAGGGCUCCGCCUACACGCUCGCCCUCUCGCCCGACCAAUGCGCCGAUACGCGCGAUGCCGUCGCGCGGGCCAUCUACUCGGCGGUCUUCGAUCACGUCAUCAAGCACUUGAACGGGACGCUCGGCGCGGGGUCGAUCGACCGCAACAGCGGGCGCUCAAUCGGGUUCCUCGACAUCUUCGGCUUCGAGAACUUCACCUUCAACUCUUUCGAGCAGCUGUGCAUCAACUUCACCAACGAGACGCUGCAGCAGCACUUCACCAACUCCAUCAUCAAGCGGCAGCAGGACGAGUGGAAGCGCGAGGGCGUGGCUUGCGCGCACAUCUCCUUCCCGGACAACACGGCGCAGAUCGAGCUGCUCGACUCAAAGGGCGGCGUCAUGGCACUGCUCGACGAGGAGUGCACCGUGCCCAAGGGCAGCGACGAGGGCUACGUCUCCAAGAUGCACAACGCCUUCAAGAGCGAGCUCUACUCGAAACCGCGCCGCGGCAAGGGCGCCAACCUGCACGGCAAGGCGACAAGCGCCAAGUUCGACAAGCUGCAGUUCAUCUUCCGGCACUACGCGGGCGAAGUGCAGUACACGGCGAAUCGCUGGCUCGAGAAGAACCGCGGCACGCUCCACCCCGACCUGCCAAAGCUGCUCGCCUCUUCGUCGCGGCCGCUGCUCGCGGCGCUCUUCGCGGAGCGCGCCGCUUCGGACGAGACGAAGCGUGCGACGGUCGGCGCCUCGUUCCGCGCCUCGCUUCGCGCGCUCUCCGAGACGAUGGCCGCGACGAAGCAGCACUUCAUCCGCUGCAUCAAGCCCAACAUGCAGCAGCGCUGCGACGACUUCAAUGGGCAGGUUGUCUCGCGCCAGCUGCGGUACACGGGCGUCGCCGCCGUGGUGGAGAUCCAGCGGUCGGGAUACCCGAUCUCGUACUCGCACUCCAACUUCAUCGGCCGCUAU